AUCAGUCCACGCUGGGUUACAAGAUCUUCCUGCAGUUACUAGCACAGCACAAGCCAGAUACUGCCGUCGGGAAAAUCAGCCAGUACCUGGAGCUGUUGAAGAUACACCAGAACCGGCCUUCCAAUUGUCUGCUGAUCCUGUGGGCGGUGGGGCAGUGUGGAGUCAAGAAUUUCAAAAGUGGAUUAAAGGUUUGGCUGGAUUUGAUGUUACCUGCCCUGGAGGUGCGCCAGGUUGCACACUACCCCGUGGAGUACCUGGAGCAGCUUUUGAGCAGCCAUAAAGAUGUGGGCGCUGCUUACGGGGUCAUCACUCUGAGAGAGUACUUCCAGGUCCUGGAUGUGGUCUUCAACCCCAGCUUUAAUCUGUCCGGAGAUUUGAGGAAACGGCUCACCUUGUUGUAUCCCCAGAUCAAGGAACUGGCAUAUGGCCAAGCUCCAGCUCAAAAUCUGCGAACAUUUUUCCCAUCAUACCUGGCUCGAAUCAGUGCAUCAUCCAACCAGGCAGUGAAAAAUGAGGUUCUACAAUGCCUGGUGAAGUGUCUGACCGUCGACAAGCAGUCGUUCAGCAUCUGGUAUCAGUUGUAUGUAAAACACCUGGCAGCUUCUGGGGCUCUGUUGGAGCAUAUCAGUCAUGAAUGGCCCAAACUUGCAUCCAAGUUUGAUAAAAAGCUUCUCCAAGAAACUCUUCGAUCCUUUUCUGUAACCAACGAUGAACUAGAAACGCAGGAGCGAGGAAACCGAGAUGGUCUGGCUCUGUGCCAAGCCGCUACCAAGGAACUGACCACAAAACUGACCAGAGGGAGCUUCCCUUGGGGUCACUUGCUGUUUGUGCUGGUGUUUAUUCUGGCAUCUGUUGUCGUCUAUGACAUCACAUUAAGUGCGGACCUUCGCUCUUCAAGAGCUGUCCGCUUCCUGGAGCACUACGGUAUCCUGGCAUUUCUGGAGCAGGUGUGGAAGUAUGUCCUUGCAUUUCAGACACUGGUUUCAGAAUGGCUGAAAGCAAAGUUCCCAGUAUACUCUGCCUACAUCAGAGAGAAUGUGGGACCGUUUUUGUCGCUGGUUUGGCAAAACCUACUUGAUUUUCUGAUAGCUGCCGAGCUCACAACACGGCCGCACAGGGCAUGGCUCGUAGCAAAAGCUGCAGAUUUCUACCAAUGGGCUUAUGAAUUGUCGCCAGAAACGUGGGCGUGGUGUUACAGUAGUUUGGUCUGGUUGUUGCAAGUUGUGCAAGAAUAUCUACUGUUGGUCUGGAAACAUUCGGUGCACCUGGCACUGGGAGCCUACCAGUGGCUGAAAGACAACAUCUCAGAGAGCUCAACAGAGUCUGUGCAGGAAACUUUCCGAUGGAUUCUGACUCGAACCCAAACUUAUUGGCAGCUGGCGUACACCUGGUGCAGCUCUACCAUUUCUGCCACAGUCAAGUAA